CGUCAAACAAGUGCUGUUGGACUCGUCCAAAAGUUUUGUGACAACACCAAUCCUUCACAAAAGUUAUUUCAGACGGACAUCAUGGACAGAAGACUGAUAUUGUGUUUAUUUGUUAUUUGUUUUACGGUUUUACAAGCUAAACGCCAUGGGUUUGAGUUUAAAAAGUCUCACAUGUGGAAGAAAGGACUGAAAGAGGACAAAGAUUUAAAGUUUAAAUUGUUUACUAGAGGUAAUUGUGUGGAGACAUGUAAGAGAAGUGAAGUUUGUGUGAAGGAGAAAGGAACAGAAAAAUCGGUGUGUCUGGCUAGACAUAUUGUCAGAGACAGCCGAAGAUUAUUGCGCAAGAGCCGUCGUUUACAAAAUAGAAACCCCCACCAGCUCAAUCGUUUCCAGAGGUUUAACAAACGCCAGAGGCAUGGCCUUGAGUAUUUUGAAAAGAAAGCUAAAGCAUUUUCCAAGUAUCAAGACAAAAUAAACAUCCUGAAGAACAAACAUGCUAGACUUUCUAAACCAAAAAGUUUUGAGAUUUCCAAAGACAGAGCCUUGUUGGAAAAGAUAGAAGACGUUAAGGAAUUAAUGGAGCAUACUCAUCAAAGUCCAAUUCACAGACCCAGUUUAAAGGAGCAUACUCGUCAAAGUCCAGUUCACAGACCAGUUUGUGACAAGAAGGAUCUGCAUAAGAUGAGGGGACGUCUCCAGGGUUGGUUUGUAACACUCCAUGAGGAAUAUCAUGAGAGUAAGAUCAACCACCAAAUAUCAAAAAGAAGUGUGGGAAAAGACCAAGCUGAUGGAAAGUGUCACUGUAUUAAGUCUGUGAUGUGGCAAUUUCAUCAGCUGGACAAAAAUAAGGACCAUCAUUUGGACAAAUAUGAAAUGUCCGAAAUAGAAAAGAAUCAGAAGGAAGCUUGUAUGAGGCCAUUCCUGAAGUCUUGUGAUACAGAUGGUGACUCGCGACUUGGUAAACAGGAAUGGUGCUGCUGCUUCCAAGCUGAGGCCCCAUGUCAUCUUGCCCAGAAGGAGGCCCAGCAGGGGAAACUGUUAGGAGUAACCACUCCUCGGUGUACGGUGGAGGGGUACUACAGAAGGAUGCAGUGUAAUGCUAGUACAGGCUUCUGUUGGUGUGCUGAUCUGAAUGGAAAUGAGAUCAGAGGAACACGGAUGUCUAUGAAGAAGGGAGAGCCACACUGUGGAAAGUUUGAUGCCUUGGGACGUGUGAAGACUCACCAGAAAAGGAUGAAGAUGAAAAAUUAAGUGAAUGCAGAUACAUGAAACUCUCAAAUUUAUCUUUUUAUACUGGUUUGUUAUAUUGCUCAGAAUUUUAAACAAAUGUUUACAUGAAAAAUUGCUGUACAGUGUAUUUUAUCUUCCAAUUUGUAUUUAAUCAGAGUUUCUAUGCAACUGAUUUUUACUGUAUUUGGUAAUGGUGUGAUAAAAAAAAUGGUUGAUCAAAGAUAUACAUCAUUAAUUUUUAGUAUUUUGAAAUGUUAAUUCUAUUUUUCAAAUACCUUUAUUUUACAAAAAUGUUUUUUUUAAGAUGACUUUUCAUGUUUUGAUAUGGUUAUUUUAUCUCUGAAGUUUUGAAAGCAUUUUAAUGAUUUACAUUCAUAGAUGAAAAAAGUUUAUAGUUCCCACCAUAGUAGAACAUCUCAGCAUUAUUCUUUGCUGUUUUCAUGUACCGGUACCAGUAUACAUGUACUUGCCUUUUUUAUAUCUUAAGUAUGUUGUAGGUAUUCAUCACAAAUCAUGAAUUUAUUAUUGUUUAAUGCGUUCUUAAUAUUUAUGGUGAGAAUUGUUAUUUGUGUUCUUUUCUUGGUUGUUCAUAUACAUACUUAUUUUGGUUGUGAUAAAAUGAGUAAUUGUGUAUAACAGUCUUGUGGAAUUUUACUUCUCAUCUUAAGUUAUUUUAACAUUAAACUGUAUAUUAUUAGAUGGAGGAAAAAAACUGUUGCUGUUAGAUGAAAAAUAAAAAUAUAAUGGUAUUAAAUGCAAAAAAAAUUGUAUAUAUAAUUAUUAAAGUCAUCAAUAAUUAGUCCUUUGUUUUGUAAAUAUAUAUAAUUUGAGAAUUUUCUGGGGGGUUUUUCAUCUAAAUUAUUGGUUUUGGAAGAAAAUCAUUUGAAGAGGUAUGAAAGCUAAUAUUACCUGAAAUCAAUUUUGACAUUUUUUAUUCUGAAUCUCAUGUUAAAGUGUCUUCUUGAAAUUUACUUUUGUCUAUUACCAUAUAAGAUAUUUGUCCAUAAAUAAAGCAUUCCAAAAUUUCACAA